CUUCUGUCUCUCGCGCUUCACGGUGUUUGUUUGGUAGUCUUUGUUUUCGGCGCAUUUUUCACGUUUGAUUCUGUACAGAAAUAUUUUCCCAUGAGAGCUUUGAACUGUCUCUUUGCAACGCGGUGUUUGGCAAUCAUGAAGAAAAUCCAUAGUCUGCAUCACGCAGUCAAAGCCGUGGAGUAUAUACCCUUUUCUCGUUCGGUGUAGCAAGUCCGAAACUUUCUCCUCAUCCGUCUUCUCAUAUUCUUCUUCUUCUUCCCUUCACUCUUGCAGUUAUAUGAACUUCAUCGGGUUUGUUGUUCAAAAUCACUUGGUUUCUGUCUCUAGUUAUUUCAGGGACUAAGAAUACGAAGGAAUCGAUACUCUGAGUCUGUCUGGUUAUGUUGACUCUUUUCAACAAAUUCCGAAUACAGCUUGGGUGAACUGUUAUAUUAGUCUCAGCCGAUUGAACUUACGUAUUUUCAUUCGAGAAAAAAAAAAUUAAUUUCUUCACAAUUAUGCUACACGCAAGAAGUUGAAAACUCUUUCAAUUUGUACCGUUUGGGACAACAAUGGGAGCGGUGUGCUCCGGUGGGGUGGCGAAGGGUAAUGCCAAAGUUAGAGAAAAUAUUUCUGAGAAGCUCGAGGGCGUUAGUAAGCUGAAAGGGGAUGGUUAUUCGGAUUCUGAUUCGGAUGCUUUCAUCAAAACGAUGCGAAAUACUGAUUCGCCCGUGGUGCGAAAGUCGUUGACCAGUGGCUCGAAGCCAUCGACGCCGACUUGGUCAAAGUCGUCGCCUGCCACGCCGACUCGGUCGAAGCCUUCGACUCCAAGCAGGACAAGCAAGAUUCUUCAGAAGGGACUAGGAAGAGCUGGUGAGAGGGCAGGAGAUGUUCUGGACUCAAUUGGAACUCACAUGCCAAAGUUUAAUGCCUAUAGUGGGUUUGGUUUGGCUUCAAGAUGGAAUACAAUAUCCAUAUUUGCAUUUGAAGUAGCUAAUACAAUAGCCAAAGGCAUAUACUUGUUGCAAUCUCUUUCUAAAGAAAAUAUCCAGGCCCUGAAAAAAGAGAUUUUACAUUCGAGCGUAAAACAAUUAGUUUCCACCAAUGUGGAGGAAUUGCUGAGUUUUGCUGCUGCCGACAAAAGGCAGGAGUUUGAAGUUUUCUUGCGGGAAGUAAUUAGAUUUGGAGAUAUGUGCAAAGAUCCACAGUGGCACAAUAUGGGUGAAUACUUUUCCAAAUUAGAUACUGACGGUCCAAACCGCAAAAAAAUUAUAGUUGAUGCAGAAACAACAGUUCAGGAGUUGACUAUGCUGGCUCAGCACACUUCUGAAUUAUACCACGAGUUGAAUGCUUUCGAAAGAUUUGAACAAGAUUAUCGACGACAGCUUGAGGAAAUGGAGUCCUUAAAUCUCCCUCAACGAGGAGAGAGUCUCACCGUUUUUCAAAGCGAGCUAAAAGAACAAAGAAAGCUUGUACAGAGAUUGAAAAAGAAGUCUCUUUGGUCUAAAAGUUUUGAAGAGAUUGUAAAGAAGCUUUUGAAUGUUGUCACCCACAUACAUAAAGCUAUCUGGGAAGGUUUUGGAAACAAUGGUAUAACAUUGGUUAGUGAGGAGGAAAGCAAGGGUCCUCAAAGACUUGGUGAAACCGGUCUUGCAUUACACUAUGCUAAUAUUAUCAACCUGACAAGUAUAAUUGCAUCUUGCCCAACCACCCUUCCCCAAAAUAUGAGGGACCGAUUAUAUCGGGCAUUGCCAAAUAGUGUUAAGACGGUUCUACAUUCCCGAAUGCUUGAUCUCAAUGAACAGCUUUCGAUUUUUCAGGUCAAUGCUGAAAUGGAAAGGACUCUUAAGUUGCUACUUCCAUUUGCCACAAAUACUCUUAAAGCACAUCAAGGUUUCGGGUGGGUUGGAGAAUGGGCAAAGGCUAGUAUCGAGUUCGACAACAGUUCAACCGCAUCCAGUAACCCGAUCCGCCUCCAGACGCUAUAUUAUGCAGACAAGGGGAAGACGGAUCAAUACAUCCUUAAAUUGGUGACCUUGCUACACCAUUUGAUCAUCUUAAAAAGACGUAGAGAUCCUGCUUUAAAGCCUCUGCGUUUACGAUCUCCAACUGGGAAGACAGUCGAUUUUCACUCCAAGAUGAAGCAUUUCAUAUCCUUGAACUCUACUUCUAAAACCCAUGGAAUACAACUUUCUCAGGAAGAUAAGAAAUUGUUAGACGAGGUGAUUAGUAGCUUGAUGGCCCCUGGAAUCAGCAAAAGUCAGCACUUUGCCAUGGCCAAGAAUGGAGGAACCACGGUUUUGAGCAGGAGCACAGGUUGUUCCCCAAGCAGAGAAUCGAGUGCACGACAGGGCAAGUCUGACGUUUUGGAUAUCAUGGAUGGGCUAGAUGUCACGUUUGAACGUAUACCAUUCCAGACAUGUUCUUCGCUCCCAGAAUAGUUUAUUCAUUCUCUCCAUUUCAUUAUAAUUUUUGUGGUUAUAUUUACGUUUCAUCGCGUAUAUACCCAUGUACACAGGUGGAUAUGUGCAAGUAUACGGGAUAUUAUAGUGUAAUGUAAUUAUUAUUUUUUC